UCAAGUAAAGACAUUAACCUAACCUUUCUCUGAAAUAACAAAACAAUCAAUAAAAAAUGUCUCGAAUAUUUACACCUACAAAUCAAAUAAGAUUAACAAAUGUAGCAAUAGUUCGUAUGAAGAAGGGAGGAAAAAGAUUUGAAAUAGCUUGCUACAAGAAUAAAGUUGUGUCAUGGCGCAAUGGUAUAGAAAAAGAUAUCGACGAAGUUUUGCAAACCCAUUCUGUAUUUACUAAUGUAUCUAAAGGACAAAUAGCUAAGAAAGAAGAUUUACAAAAGUAUUUUGGUAAAGACGACGAGACGGCAGUAUGUAAAGAGAUUUUAUCCAAAGGAGAACUUCAGGUAUCUGAUAAAGAACGCAAUUCACAAUUAGACUUAUUAUUUAAAGAUAUAGCAAUGACAGUUACAAAUAAAUGUGUCAAUCCCGAUACUAAACGCCCAUAUCCGGUAACUAUGAUAGAAAAAGCAAUGCGAGAUGCUCAUUAUUCAGUAAAACCCAAUCGAAGUGCUAAACAGCAAGCUUUAGAUGUUAUUCCAUUAUUAAAAGAAAAUAUGCCAAUUGAAAGAGCUCAGAUGAGAUUACGAAUAGUAUCUUCAGGAAGAGAAAGUAAAGUAGUUCGGGAAAAACUUUUAAAAUUAAUAACAACUAUAGAAAGUGAAGAAUGGGACAAUGCGACAUUAAAUUUAGUUUGUUUAACAGAUCCAGGACAUUACAGAGAAAUUGAUGAAAUUGUAAGAUGUGAAACAAAAGGAAAUGGAUUAUUAGAACUGUUAAAUCUUAAAGCAAUUGUUGAAGAAGAUGAACUAAUUGAAUAA